GUCAAAUGAGGUAGUAGUUAGAAUAGCAUUGUACGCUUAAUGUGAAUUUAAAAUAAAUUAACAUAUUAAAGACGGGAAAAUGAUUCACAGUUUGUUUAUAAUAAAUCCUUCUGGUGAUGUGUUUCUUGAAAAACAUUGGCGAAGCGUCAUUCCACGAUCAGUAUGUGAUUAUUAUUUAGAGGCUCAAAGAGCUUCACCUAACGAUGUACCACCUGUGCUUGCUGCUCCCCAUCAUUACUUGAUAUCUAUUCAGCGAGGGGGGGUUGCUCUUGUAGCAGUCAGCAAACAAGAGGUUGCUCCACUUUUUGUGAUAGAGUUUCUGCAUAGAGUUGUAGAUACUUUUCAGGAUUAUUUCUCUGAUUGCACAGAGACUAUUAUAAAAGAAAAUUAUGUUGUUGUGUAUGAGCUGCUAGAUGAAAUGUUGGACAAUGGCUUUCCAUUGGCCACUGAGAGUAAUAUUCUCAAGGAAUUAAUAAAACCGCCUAACAUUUUGAGAACAAUUGCUAAUACUGUUACUGGUAAAUCAAAUGUGUCAUCAAUAUUGCCUUCCGGUCAGCUUUCAAAUGUUCCGUGGAGAAGGUCAGGUGUCAAGUAUGCUAAUAAUGAAGCAUAUUUUGAUGUCAUUGAAGAAGUUGAUGCUAUAAUUGACAAAAGUGGUGCAACAGUGUCAGCUGAAAUACAGGGUUAUAUUGAUUGCUGCAUCAAGCUGAGUGGUAUGCCAGAUUUAACACUAACUUUUGUGAACCCGCGUCUCUUUGAUGACGUUUCAUUCCAUCCUUGUGUUAGAUUUAAGCGUUGGGAGUCUGAAAGAAUAUUGUCUUUUAUACCGCCUGAUGGUAAUUUCCGUCUCAUGUCUUACCAUAUUGGAUCCCAGAGUGUUGUUGCAAUUCCUAUUUAUGUUAGACAUAACCUCACUCUAAGGAAUAAUGGUGAUCAAGGAAGAUUAGAUCUGACUGUUGGACCAAAACAGACCAUGGGAAGAACAUUAGAAAAUGUCGCAUUAGAAAUCUGUAUGCCAAAAUGUGUUCUAAAUUGUUCUCUGACGGCCAACCAGGGUAAAUACUCUUACGACCCUGUAAGCAAAGUUCUACUCUGGGAUAUAGGACGCAUUGAGCUACCUAAACUGCCCAAUAUACGAGGAAGUGUGUCAGUGGCUUCUGGUGCGGAUACUUCCGGCGCCAAUCCAAGCAUUAAUGUUCACUUCACAAUACCUCAGCUGGCGGUCAGUGGGCUCAGAGUGAGCCGGCUGGACAUGUACGGCGCUAAAUAUAAACCUUUUAAGGGCGUUAAAUACGUAACGAAGGCUGGCAAGUUCCAUGUGAGAAUGUGAAAUUAAAAUGGGCGAUGUAAUUGUUAUACACUUAUUCAUAUUUUAAGCAAUUAAACAAUUUGUAUUCUGUUAUUUUGAUUUAUUUCACUUAUUAUUAAAGUUACUGAAAAUAAA